AAGGGCCCGUUUGGUUGAUGGUAAUGGGCCAGAAAAGAAUGGAAUGGAAUACUAAUGGGCCUAAUUCUUUUGUUUGGUUGGAAAAUAACACUUUUGGAAAAGAUUUCCAUAGUAAUGCUAUUCUCCAAAACUAAUGGAAUUGCUUUCCAUUUUUCAUUUGGUGGAAUUAUAAUUCCAUUCCACUACUUUGGCAUAUCAACAAAUUAUCUCUCUUCUACUCCAGCCAUGGCCCAAGCCCAACAAACCCUAACCCUAGCAAAGUGAAGAUUAAUCUGCUGCCAUUGUUGUGAGGACUGUCUUCUUCGAUCUGCAAGUGCUGGGUUUCUUGAUUGGUGGUAGCAUUGCCAGAGGAUAAUGGCUCGCUUAACUGUAAGUGAAAGACAAAUUUUGAGAAAGAAGAAGAUCAUAACUCUUUAUAUGUAUUGGAUGAAUGUGUUGCAUGUAGUGCAAUGGUUUUUUAAAUUAUGGGAAAAAAUUAUUGAACAUAGUAUUGAAUCAAGCUCUUUGGGAAGACAAUUAUACAUACUUGAUAUUUUUGCCAAUAGGCAAAUUGUGCACCAAAUAGCUUAUGAGAGUGAUGUCAUUUGUUUUGAUCAACUUAGGAUGAAUAGGAAAGCAUUUAGCACUUUAUGCAUAAUGCUUGAAACUAGGGGUGGGUUAAAAGCAUCUAAAUAUUUACAAGUAGAUGAACAAGUGGCUAUGUUUUUACAUGUAAUUGCUCAUCAUGUGAAAAAUAGAGUCGUUAGAUUUCGAUUUAUGAGAUCGGGUGAGACAAUUAGCAAAUAUUUUCAUAAUGUGUUACAUUCAAUCAUUCGGCUACAUGGAGAGUUAUUGAAAAGACCUGAACCUGUUCUUGAAAAUUCAACAGAUGAGAGAUGGAAAUGGUUCAAGAAUUGCUUAGGAGCACUAGAUGGAACUCAUAUUAGAGUGAGAGUAUCUAUGAAUGAUAAACCAAAAUAUCGUACUCGAAAAGGUGAAAUAGCUACAAAUGUCUUAGGUGUAUGCUCCCAAGACUUGCAAUUCAUAUAUGUGUUACCUGGUUGGGAAGGCUCUGCAGCAGAUGGUAGAGUUUUACGUGAUGCCAUACGUAGAACAAAUGGUUUGUGUGUUCCAAAUGGUUAUUAUUACCUUGUAGAUGCUGGAUAUACUAAUUGUAAGGGAUUUCUUGCUCCAUAUCGAGGCCAACGUUAUCAUCUCAACCAAUGGGAAGAUGGAAAUCCUCCUAGAAAUUCACAAGAAUUUUUUAAUAUGAAGCAUUCAUCUGCUAGGAAUGUCAUUGAGAGAUGUUUUGGUGCAAUUAAGAGUCGAUGGGCAAUUCUUAGGAGUCCGUCAUUCUAUCCAAUAAAGACUCAAAAUCGAAUCAUUUUGGCAUGUUGUUUGCUUCACAAUUUUAUUAGAAGAGAAAUGCCUACUGAUAAUACUUAUAUGCAUUCAGAGAAUGAGAUUAACAGUGGAGACGAAGAAGAUGUUGAUGGAUCCAUAAGAAGUAUUGAAGCUUCUGAAGAGUGGACAACGUUUAGAAACAAUUUAGCACAUGAGAUGUAUAGUGAAUGGAGGGAACGUAGGAGAGCAAGCUAGUUUUUUUUUCUUAGAUUAAAUGCACAAUGAUUAUCUAGGUUUUUAUAUUUGUUUUCACUUGGCUAUGCCAAGUUAUUUGACUGGUUGUGUAAUUGACAACAUUGAAAUUUAUCUUUGAAUUUAUGUUUUGUUA